GCUCCCGGGCGCACCUGCCUCCUGCGCCCUGGGCGCAUCGCAGGGUGCCCGCGCUCGCCUCUCCAAGCCCCCCCGUCUCCACCCAGGCGCCCGGGGAGGGGGGGGGCCGAGCCCACUGUCUCCGAGCGGAGGCUUGUUGCAGUAUUAAAAUAAUAACGCGAGAGUUGCAAGUUGCUUCCCUCUUCCCCGACCGUAAAACUGUCAAAGGUAGCCGGGAAGGGGGGCGCGGGGGAUCGCGCACGAGCCAGCGGCGCCUCGCCCGCUCCAAGCGCGCGUGUGUGUGUGUGCGUGCGGGGGCCCUGGAGAGCUCGCCACAAGCACCGAGAGAUGGCGGAUCCAUAUUCCUUCAGAGGUGGAAGGAGAGCUGCAGGGUCCAGCAAAACCAGCGCAAGCAAAGAAGGCAACAGGACAGAGAUGAGGGUAAAUCCGACCCCUGAGCCCCCCAAGCUGGGAAAUGCAACCAGCGACAAAACAGAAGGCAAGAAGAAAGGGAGACCUAAGGCAGAAAACCAGGUGCUGAAAGACAUUCCUCUGCCCCUGAUGAACCAGUGGAAAGAUGAGUUCAAGGCCCAUUCCAGGGUGAAGUGCCCCAAUUCAGGCUGCUGGCUGGAGUUCCCCAGUAUUUACGGCCUGAAGUACCAUUAUCAGCGCUGCCAAGGGGUAAGGAGGAUGGAGGGGGCGAUCUCGGAGAAGCUGACUUACCCUUGCUCUUACUGCGAAGCUGCCUUCACAUCCAAAACCCAGCUGGAAAAGCACAGGCUCUGGAAUCACUUGGAUAGGCCGGUACCAGCUAGCAAAGCAGAAAACAAAGUGCAGAAAGCCGUUGGCAAGGCCAGUGGCAAGAAAAGAGCUGCUGAGAGUUCAGAUUCCCCCACCAUCCAUCCCAAACAGGCCAAGGUGGAGAAGACUGUGGUCCCCGAGAAUGGAGAGUGCCUGGUGGAGAGCAGGAAGAACAAAGUAUUUCAGAUCACGGCAGCGGAGGCCGUAGCAGCAGCCACCCCGACGGCCAAGUCUUCGAGCUGCAAGGAUCCCAAACAGCAAGGGGGCACGCAGGCUUCCCUCCAGGAGGAGGACCCAGAGAGGAUGAAGCACAGAAGGAAACAGAAAACUCCUAAGAAAUUUACCGGGGAGCAACCGUCCAUCUCGGGGACGUUUGGAUUGAAAGGCCUGGCAAAAGCAGAGGACAAGGCAAAGGCCCAUCGAGCCAAGAAACUGGAGGGGACCAGCAGCACGGAUGAGCUGAAAAAGAAGCCUCCAGGAGCUGGUGUGAAAAGGGAGGCCGUGGCACAUUUAUCCUCAGCAAACCCAGAGGACCAAUGGCAGCGGGAGAUCAAUGAGAAAGGAGAAGUUGUCUGUCCUACGUGCGGCGUUAUAACCAGGAAAACCAUUGUUGGGCUCAAAAAGCACAUGGACGUCUGUCAAAAACUGCAGGACGCUUUGAAAUGUCAACACUGCAAAAAGCAGUUCAAGUCCAAAGCCGGGCUCAACUAUCACACCAUGGCUGAGCAUGUCAACAAGCCUGGUCCUGUGGAAACCGCUGGAGUUGGUGAACAGGAAGAGCGGGAAAGGCUGAGGAAAGUGCUAAAGCAGAUGGGGAAACUGAAAUGCCCCAACGAGGGUUGCACAGCCAACUUUUCCAGUCUGAUGGGGUACCAGUACCACCAGAAACGGUGUGGGAAGCAGCCCUCCGAAGUGGAGAAGCCCAUAUUCACCUGCCCACAUUGCAGGAAGAAGUAUAAAUCCAAGGCGGGACAUGACUACCACGUGCGGUCGGAGCACACUUCUUCGCCUCCCGAGGAGCCAAAGGUGAAGCCAGAGGCCAGCCCAGUAGAAGAUUUUGAAAGGACUCCUAGUGGUAGAAUCCGGCGCACAUCAGCCCAAGUAGCGGUCUUCCACCUGCAGGAGAUAGCUGAGGACGAACUGGCCAAGGACUGGACCAAAAGAAGGAUGAAGGACGACCUGGUACCUGAAACUAAGCGACUAAAUUACACCCGGCCGGGGCUUCCGAAGUUAAAUCCGAGGCUGUUGGAAACCUGGAAAAAUGAAGUGAAGGAGAAAGGACACAUCAACUGCCCCAAUAACAGCUGUGAAGCCAUCUACUCCAGCGUUUCUGGCCUGAAAGCCCACCUGACUAACUGCAACAAGGGAGACCACUCUGUUGGGAAGUACCGGUGCCUUCUCUGCCAGAAGGAGUUUAGCUCAGAAAGUGGAGUCAAGUACCAUAUCCUCAAGACUCACUCAGAGAACUGGUUCCGAACCUCUUCAGAGGCGGCCCGGAAGAAAAAGAACAGGGACCAGAUUUCCUCCAGCCAGGAGGAGAAAAAGAAAAGCACAACUGGGAAGAAAAGGGGGAGGAAACCCAAGGAAAGGCCCCCAGAAAUGUCUCCGAAAGGCAAAGAGAGCUCGGCAGCAAAGACUAAUCAUAAGAAAGCCACAGAGCCCUGGGAAGGAUCCAACUGCAGCCCCGAAGGGAGAGAGAGAGGCACCAAGCUACCCACCAACAGGAAAGGGGGAGCCACACAAACAGCUGCAGAGCAAAGGAAACAGCCCGAAAUGCACAUCAGUAAAAUGAAUGUGAGCGCAAGAUUCAGUGCAGAGUUUCAAAUGUGUUAGGUGUGUGCACCUGCAUGUCUAAUUUGCAUGCACUAUUACUGCAGUUGUGUGCACACACUGGGUAUCUGCACGUGCAAAUUCACCUGAUUGGCUACUUGUGCACACAGUUUCCAUGAUUGCACCUGCAGCAGCAGUCAUUGUGCAUGCAAGUUAGGCACUCAUUUGCACACUGGGACGUGUAACCUCCAGAGUCAUCAAUACACUGGGGAGAAGAAUAUCAGAAAUUUCUGGAGAAGAAAAAGACCAACUGGCCCAACGUGGCAGCCAUGUUAACAUUUUUCGUACUGCCCCGGUCUCAAGCUUUUCCAUUCCUUUUCUCUCUCCGGAAGCAAAGCUUGGCAUCUCUUGACCUCAUUUCUGCUAUCGCUGCUGUUCCCCACAGUUUGCUCUAUGUGUUCGUCACACCCGUGUCUGAUAGUCCUGCCAGGGUUCCACAUAUACUCCUAGUUUCCCACUUUCUAGAUUCUUGGUAAUGAACUGAAGCCCGAUGGCCAAGAAUUCCCAGGACUGCCCUUCCCCUGGACGCAAGGAUAGCCAAGCACGAGGCCUCUGAUCUGACUGAUCGUUUAAUGGUCAGUGACAUAUUUUUCAUAGUAGUUCGUUCCCUUCUUUCACUUUCCAUUUCUGUUCGGUGCUGACUCUUGCUCUCUCUCUCUCUCUCUUCCAAUGUUCAGCUCUCCAGCUCUGGCCAAGGAGGGCUGGAGAGAAUUUCCUCCAGAGCCCGGCAGUGUCAUUCAGUGCAUGGGAGCUUUCUGUAGAACAACGUGAGGCUUAUGUUCCCUGCCCUACUCAGUUCUCAAGGACCUAAGUGCGGUGCCAGUGCCUGGCCACCGUGCUUGGACUGCCCAACCAGUGAAAUCUCCAUCUGUCCAUCUUAGGCAUGUCUAAUGCCUUAGUAUCCGGGUACCAAUGUCACUGGUGGCUGAAGACCAAAGGCCAUGUGCUGGCCCCUGCGACAGCCCUUUUGCACUGCUCUGACCUGGCAAAGGGACCAUAAAACUGCCCUAACUGGGCAACUUGGGAUUGCCCGGAUAUGGGGGAAUCUCUGGGUGGUAGAGUCCAGCAUAGUCCCCCUAGCAGAUCCCCUGCCUCAGUUCCUACGCUGAGCAAAGCUUGGCCGGAUCCAGGGAUUGGGGCCCAAACGUUGCAAGUGCAAUUAGCUCCUUGCUGGUAGCCAAAAGCCAGGAAAUAUAUUCCUAAGUCAUUUUAUAGUUGCUAUUGGUAGCUUCAGUGACUGCUAGAAAACAUCUGGCCCUUCUGCGUGCAUGUGGGGCUGUGUGAGUAUUACACACCGGACUCUGUGUCUCAUCAAGGUCUGAUCUGUUCCUGCUCGGCAAGCACUACGCCGAUCGACUGCAAGGGGAGCUUUUCCUAACUAAAGACGUGCCAGACUGGAAUCUCCAGUGGGAGCUCAGGUCAGUGUGGGGGUGAUAGUUCAGAAACAACCAGAAGAAAAACAUUCUCCGUAGCACUGCAGUCAAACCCAUUAAAUAGAGAGGUAGAGAUCCUCAGCUGGUGGAAAUCGGUGUAGUUCCGUUGUUGUGAACAGCUGCACUGAUCUACACCAGGAAGAUCUCAGUAGCACUUAUUCUAUGUACAGUUAGAUACCAGGGUUACUACAAGAUCCCUCAUACGGGGAAUGUGCGCGUAAUGGCGUCCACUGUGUGCAGAGUGGGUUUGUUUGGGUGUUGCUCGUUUCAGAUUGUUUUGUGUGUGUGUUUCUGUUUUACGGCACUUUGAUACACAUAUGGAGCCGGUAAUCUGUGCAUUUGCCUAUCCAAACUGGGUGACCGUGUCCACAAACGGCUGCUGGUGUGUGCAAUUACCUGUGCAUGUGUAUGAACUCGUGUGUUCCCAGUGGUAGAUAGAUUUUGUGUGCACGCACCAGCGCAUGCCUGACCUAAGCCACAUUGUUUGAAAAGUUUGCCUCCAAGUCCACAUUGUCUCCCUGUGGGUGUAAAACAUAGAAUAGAAUAUCAGGGUUGGAAGGGACCUCAGGAGAUCAUCUAGUCCAACCCCCUGCUCAAAGCAGGACCAAUCCCCAGACAGAUUUUUACCCCAGUUCCUUAAAUGGCCCCCCUCAAGGAUUGAACUCACAACCCUGGGUUUAGCAGGCCAAUGCUCAAAGAACUGAGCUAUCCCUCCCCCAACAUUUGGAUGGCAAUUUUGGCCUUGAUGCUCAUUA